AUGUUGGAGCGAUUCCUCGAACAACAAGCUGCGGUGAUGGCGACACUUCUCGACAAAAAAGUAAGAAAAGGCUCGUGUGACGUGCACACACUCAGUGAAAGUGAUCUCUUGGCUGCCGAACAAAUGGUGAGUCUGCUAGCCCCGCUAAAGGCUGCUACCACUCUGAUGUGCGAGGAGAAGCAACCCACUGUGUUUAUCAUCACACCUCUCCGAAUUAAGUUGCUGGCGCAUUUUGAAUAUGCACCGGAUGACUCCCCCCUAAUCAAAGACAUGAAACGGCUUAUGUCUGAUGAUCUUAGAGAGCGAUAUGUGGACGAAGAACCAUUCUUGCUUCGAGCAGCUGCUUUAGACCCCCGAUUUAAAAAGCUUCCUUUCCUGGGUGAUGAGAGAAGAAACCAAACAUUUGAAUAUCGUGCUGAAGAAGCGGCACGGCUGAAUGAACAGAGGAAUGAGUCAGAGGCCCAGCCUGAGGAAACACCUCCUCACUCUUCUCCCCACCAGAUUUCUAUGGAGCUAAAUGAGGUGUGUGAUGCAGAAACCACUAAAGAUCUGAAGCCAAAGCCUGAACUCACAUCAGAUCCUGGAGGAGCUGCACUGACAGGAAACACAGUGACUUUGACCUGUCGCAUGAAUCUGUCUCCUGGAUGGGACUUUUACUGGUACAAACACACACUGAACUCUGAGACAAAGACAGAAACAAACUCCUACAGAGUGAAGAUUGAUUCAGUGUCUGAUGGAGGUCAGUACUGGUGUAGAGCUGGAAGAGGGAAACCAGUCUACUACACACAAUACAGUGAUGCACUGUGGGUAAAUGUUACAGGUGAGAGAGAACAUACUGUGGUGACGGUACGACCGGAUGAACAAGUGUUCAGAGGAGAAACAGUCUCUCUCAGAUGUGAUAUAAAGUGGGGAGGAGACACUGAGUGGACGUACAGAUGGGAAACAGAGGGAACAAACUACCAAUAUAACUCAAUCUCAACACAAGAGCUGAACAUCAGCAGUAUUAAAGACUUUCACCGUGGUAAAUACACCUGUACAGGACAGAUGGGAACACAAAGCUCUCAGCGCAGUGAUGCUGUUACACUGAAUGUAUCAGCUGAAGCUCAGGCAGCAGUGCGAGUGUCUCCACAGCCGUGGCUGACUGAAGGAGACUCAGUGACUCUGAUCUGUGAGGUUACAGUCUCCUCUACAGGCUGGACGUUCAGCUGGUUCAGAGAUGAUGAUCAUCUGUCCGACAGCAGCAGAGGAGCUGGAGGCUCUUACACUCUCAGUCCUGCUGCUCUACAGCACACAGGAGUUUAUACUCUCUGGGAGACAAAACCAUCUGAAACCAAUGCAAACCUCAAAAACCUGCUCUCACUUCACUCCAAUUCUCAAUCUAAACCAGAUCAGAAACAUUAUCAAAUACAAACUCCUUCAGUGUCUCUGGUGGUCCGUCCCCGCAGAAGUCAACACUUCUCAUCUCACUCUCUCUCUCUGAGCUGUGAGGAUCAGACGAACUCUUCUGGAUGGACAGUGAGAAGAUACACAGACAGAAACACAGAAGAUUGUUCAAAACUAACAGGAUCUACAUGUCGACUCGUCUCUCUCAGCACAUCUGACUCUGGAGUUUACUGGUGUCAGUCUGAAUCUGGAGAGAAAUGCCAUCCUCUAAACAUCACUGUACACGAUGGUGAUGUGAUUCUGGAGAGUUCUGUUGAUCCUGUGAUUGAGGGACAUACUCUGACUCUACACUGUUUACAUCGAUCUACAAACUCCUCGAUCCUCAGAGCUGAUUUCUAUAAAGACGGAUCACUCGUCCAGAAUCAGACGACAGGAGAGAUGAUCAUCACGACUGUCUCAGAGUCAGAUGAGGGUUUCUACUACUGUAAAACAGAGAGAGGACAGUCACUGCACAGCUGGAUCUCAGUCAGAGGGUCAUCUUCAGAUCAGAUUUCAUUCUUCAUCAUCCUCAGUUUUCUUCUGACAGCUUGUCCGUAUCUGCUGGUGACAGUCGUGCUGCUUUACAAAUGCUACAGAGCGAGAGUUAAAUCUAGUGAAGCCCAAAGGCAGUCGGCUGUAACAGAGGAAUAA